CGCCCCGGGGGCAGAGGCGCGGGCUGCAGCGAGGCCGGAGCCCGCUCGACUUUUUGCCGUAGACGGGAACAGGGGAAGGAGCCCAGACGUGGCAACACAUUCUCAGGCUCCUGCAGGACCACCAUGGCUUAUGAUGACUCCAGGAAGAAAGAAGAGUUCCUAGGGAGUGGCCGAAGUGUUGAUGGCGUGAGGUUGGCAGCUGGCAGGACACAGCGAGAGAGGAAACACUCUUAUGAGGAUCCACUGCAAGAGGAGAAGGAGAUAGCAGCUCAGGACAGCAAGCUUGUCUUUCUGAGGACAGAACCUCACAAGAAGAAGCGAAAGCACUCCUCCGAUGAGUUCACCCACAGAGAUCUUUCGCCCUUGGAUCUACCAUCAAAGAAGAAGAAAAAGGCAGUUUCCAGCCCACCCUCUGCUGAUAAAAACAUGGAUCUACUCAAAGCUAUCACCUCACCAAUGGCCACCAGCUCGAAGUCUUCAAAGAAAUCUUCUGAAAAAUCAUCGUCUCAUUCUUCCUCUGGCCAUUCCGAAGGCAGAAAGGAGCACCACAAGAAGAAGUUGAGUGGAAGCAGUGGGGAGCACUCAGUGGACGAUGGCAGCUACCACAAAUCUAAAAAAAUGAAACCUCUCUAUGUGAACACAGAGACACUUACUCUCCGGGAACCUGAUGGCUUGAAGAUGAAGCUCAUCCUUUCACCGAAGGAGAAAGGAAGCAGUGCAGCAGACAAGGAGUCUUUCUCCUACUCUUCAUCACCAGCAACUGUAAAGAAAUCUUCGAAGAAAUCAGCUCGAGAUGAGCAAGGCUCAUUGGUCCUGGGUAAUGAGCUACAGAGCUUCCUGAAGUCAGCCAGGAAGAAGCAUAAGCCACUUCCAGAUCCUCAUCCACCUUCUGAGGGGAGUAGUGCUGACACCUCCCUUUUUUCAGAGGGCCAUGGGAGUGAAUAUGAUGCUUCAGGACUGGAAGCACCACCAGAAUCUGGUUCAUCUUCUGGUGGUGAGUUAGAGGCUGGAGAGCUAGUGAUAGAUGACUCCUACCGGGAAAUCAAGAAGAAGAAGAAGUCAAAAAAAAGUAAGAAGAAAAAAGAUAAGGAGAAACACAGAGAGAGGAAGCACUCUAAAUCUAGAAGGAGUUCUGGACACCCUGUGGCAGAAGCAACAGCAUCACCACCACCUCCUACAAGUGCUCCCUAUGUUCUUCCUCCACCUCCUCCUGUUUUUCAUUCAGAUGGACAGAGUGAGAAGAAGAGGAGAAAGGAAGACAAGGAAAAAGAAAAAGCAGAGAAAUGGGAGAAGCCAAAGAAGAAGAAUAUGUCUGCAUAUCAAGUAUUCUGUAAGGAAUAUCGUACAAAUAUUCUGUCUGAUCACCCUGGAAUAGAUUUUGGAGAGCUGAGCAAAAAACUGGCGGAAGUAUGGAAGCAGCUACCUGAUAAGGAUAAACUGAUCUGGAAACAGAAAGCUCAGUACCUACAGCACAAACAGAAUAAAGCAGAGGCCACCACYGUGAAGAGGAAGUUAUCAUCUUCAGACGGUGCACCAAAAGUAAAAGCUUCUCCAACAGGUGCGCUUUCUCCUCAUAAGAAAUCCCCCACUAGCACCGUGGUGGUGCCUGCUUCGCCAGCCAAAGUGCCUGAGACGGAUCCAAUCGAUGUCGCUGCGCACUUGCAGUUGCUGGGUGAAUCUCUGAGCCUCAUUGGUCACAGGCUGCAGGAAACAGAGGGAAUGGUGGCUGUUUCAGGAAGUUUAUCAGUACUUCUAGAUUCAAUCAUCUGUGCUUUGGGCCCUUUAGCCUGUCUGACAACACAGCUGCCUGAGUUGAAUGCCUGCCCUAGGCAAGUUUUGUCAAACACACUAGACAACAUCGCCUACAUCAUGCCUGGACUUUGACAGGAAGAGAUCCUGGGAUGUGCUCAGCCUCUGCAUAAGGGACUCGUGUGCAUAUGCACCACACCGGCACUCUCUCUGUGUAGGGUUUUAACAUUUUAUAUCUGUAUAGUAUAUACAUAGGAUUGACUUCUAUUAAUUUUAUGAAAAGUUGUGAAGUUAAGCUGAGAGUGCCCCUUUCUAUUGGUGGAUGAAAUGUACACCAAUCUGAAAGUAUUUAAUGAAGAAAUGAGAAAGUUUUUGAGAAACUAGUCUUAAAUUCAUAUGUUGAUGGGGGAAGCAGCCAGAGGAUUGACUUCUCGAUAUGCUAAAAAAAAAAAUGGUUACUGUAAAAGUGGUUAGUGGAACCAGAAGGAUGUGGAAUCUCCAUCCUUGAUGAUAUUCUGAAAUUGUCUGAGUAGCCUGCUCUAGUUCGACUUUCUUUAAGCAGAGGUGGACAAGGUGACCUCCUGAUACAUCUUGAAUUGGAAGGUUAAUUAUUCUGUGGACAGUUAGAGAUGCCAGUUUAUUUUGGACCAAGGAGUAAAAAUGAACUGUCCUCAUAAGCCCUGUUUCUGUUUUCAGUUUAAAGUCUACCACUUUAGGGUAGGCUUUUCCCCUUGAGGGAAAGGCUAGAUAGCUGAAAAGAGAUACAGACAUCUUUAUGAUAAGAAAUAGAUGUCUUUACCUCUCAAUCACAACUUCCAAGCUUCCCUCUUCAGUGACUGAUGAUCGAAAGUUGUUGGCAUCAGCUGGUUGGUCUGGUAGUUUGCAAUGGGUUUAAAGUUGAAAAUGGCAACAAAUUUGUGCUUUUCAUGUGGACUUGCAUCAAAUUGCCAUUAGUGUGAGAUAUCAACAGCUUGCACUGACUUGUGAGGAUGAACAUCCUGCUGAUUUUUCCAGGGCAUGGGCAGCCCACUUUAAUGCAGAGGAGAGCAUGGCAGCAGAUGGGAGAAACCUGAAUUGCCUCUGCUCAUCUUGCACAUGUUUUGUGAACAGAGGACUUGAGUUUCUGAGAUCGCUGAUCCCACCUCUUUCACCAGCAGUAUUGAAAGAGCCACGGUGCCACUGUGAGGCAGUACUAAUGACCAGUUUGAAGCAGCAAUGAGUGAUCGAUUCCCCUUCCUUCCAGCCACAUACAUGGUAUUUUGGUUUUCUGCUGCUCUAGGAAAGGAGAUGCAGGAAAGUACUGGAUUCUCAUAUAGGCCUCUGUGUGUCUGUAUGUAUGUGUAUGUGGUGUUCAUAUCGUGUAUUUUUUAUCAAUAUCUGUAACAGAUUUAAUUUAUCCUGUAUAUUUCUCUGUGUGUGUG